AUCUCUAAGUAUUCUUUCACAAACGGCACACGUGUUUGUAAUUGUUUUUUCCAAUCUUGCAAAACUUGUCUAUAUUACUGAAAUGGCAUUUGGUCGACCUCGUGGUGGCGGUGGCAGUGGCGGCAGAGGAUUUCGCGGCGGCGGUGGAAGCGGUGGAGGAUCAUUUAACAGAGGCGGUUUCAACAGGGGUGGUGGUGGUGGCUUCAACCGAGGUGGUGGUCGUGGAGGAGGAGGUCGUGGAGCAUUUGAUAAUGGUCCGCCUGAGCGUGUCAUUCCCAUAGGAAACUUUGCUUAUACAUGCCAGAAUGACUUGAUUUGUAAAGUCUCGAUAGAGGAUGUUCCUUAUUUUAAUGCUCCAAUAUUCCUCGAAAAUAAGGAACAGGUUGGCAAAAUCGAUGAAAUAUUUGGCACAGUUCGUGAUUACUCCGUGUCCAUUAAAUUGUCGGAAAAUGUCUAUGCAAACAGUUUUAAACCAGAUCAAACGUUAUUUAUUGAUCCUGGCAAGCUAUUGCCUAUCGCAAGGUUUUUACCAAAACCCCCACAGCCAAAGGGACUUAAGAAAAAGGGCGCAUCAGGUGGACCUGGUGGCCAGAGGGGCGGUUUUAAUCGAGGCGGAAUGGGUGGACGGGGUGCACGUAACAGCUUUGGAGGCAGUGGUUUUAGAGGAGCCGGGCGUGGAAACGGAGGAUUUAACAGAGGACGCGGUGGUGGUGGCGCAGCUGGAAACGGUCGUGGGCGUUGGUAGUUUUCGUUUUUAGGUUCCAAUAUAAUAUUUUGUCUAGCCAUACGAGCUCAUCUUUUCUACACCAGACCAUAGCUUUUAAGUCGAAAAAAAACAAGGCUUUGUUCGCCAUAGACGAAAAACGGCGCUGACUAAUAAAGAACAAUAUUUUAAAAGUA